AUGGGAAAAUGGUUUCUAUACACAGGGGUACAACCAUACUGCAUAACAACAAAUAUGGCGUCUGGUGAAGGGUCAACACUACAUCGUUCUGUAUUUCUCGUCAUGGUUUCUGGGCAAAUCGAAACAGCAUGGUUUCCAGAGUUUGAUGAGCUUUACUGCAAAUAUAGUUUUGUUUAUGGUCAAGACUGGGUUAUUACAACUGGACAUGAAGGUGGCCUUUCACAAAUUGCAACCAAAAGUCCUGAUGAGAGACAGCUAUUCGUUUGGAAUUUUCCUCUAGAUGUUACUUUUAAGAGCACCAGCCCAUUUGGAUGGCCACAGCUGGUUGUUAGUUGUUAUGGUCAAGAUUCAGUCAGAGGUUAUGAUGUAGUAAGAGGCUAUGGUGCUGUUCAUGUGCCAAUAUCACCUGGGAGUCAUACAAGAGAAAUUUCCAUGUUUGUCCCAGAAUCAUCAUCAGCUUUUCAAAAAUUUACAGGUUGGAUCUCUGGGAGACGACCAGAAUUCAUAGACCCACAAGUAGUUGCACAAGGAGAAGGAAGAGAAGUGACAAGAGUUCGCUCGCAAGGAAAGGUUCGUGUCAAGUUCAAUAUCAUCACUCGAGAUUUGAAAAAACUUGGCUAUGAUACAGAACCAUCAACAGUGGCUCAUCCAUUUAUCCCUCCUGCAUCAAGCGACAAAGUGCUUCGAGGCGAACCUGGUGAUUAAUACAAGGCUUUUAGGGUAAAUUCAUUGGGUUAUCUCUAAAUGAUCAAAGUCUGAGAGCUGUAGGAUCACCACUUUUGGCAUCCGUGAUGUUGCAUAUUAAAAGCCUGGCUCAUAGGGAAUGGAUUCAGCGAUUUGAGUAUCAUGCUAAUGGGCAAUAUGGAAUUAUGCUUGGGACAUCUAUCGAAGCAUAAGAACAAUAAAACGAACAUAUUAGCUUUCUUGUAAAUAUCUUAUUCUAAAUAUUUGAAAACUUAAAUUUCUAACUGUUCUCGAUAAUAGAGAUAUUUUGACGACUCUCAAAGUCUUUCUUUAGUUUGUUGUGAUACUUCUAUUAAAUGUCUAUGUGACUAUAGAAAAUAUGCUUUGAUGUAUAGGACAGGACAGUUUUAAGUAAUAACCCUGAGUUUCACGCUAAAUCCGAUCAAAAGGCAAUCGUAUACACCUAUAUCGAGAACUUAAUGACAGACCGGUAACCAGGAAUUCGUAUAACUAUAAAAUGACAUGGAACAAUAUACGAAUAUGAUUGAAAAAUUUUAUGAGAAAGCCAACCAUUUUUGAGUUGCCUUUUUCUUUGAAGCAGCCAAGGCUAUAGGCUCACCUACACCAAAAUUUCCUUUUUCGAGUUAAAAUUUUUCAUCUCAAAAUGUGCUGAAUUCGUUAUAUUUUGAGCUUUUACGUCGUAUGCACCAACUACUACUUUUCUUACCAAAAUUGCCUUUUUCCAAUAAAAAUAUUUUUAGUUCAAAUAUUAUUUUUAGUUCAAUUUUUAGUACGUGAUUAUUUCUUUGUUAUAUAAAUCCUUAAGUCAUCUUCAUCAACCUUUUUUGUAAGGAAUUGCUCUAAGAAAGAUUUACAACACCACAAAUUCUAAUACUGGUACAAUUUUUAACGUGUUAGAAUUCUACUGUUGACAAAAAACCGAAACAACGGUAGUAUGAUCUAAAAAACUGAUGUAAAAAAGUCUUACUUUUGACUUCAGUGUUGGCAGUGGCAUAGAAGACCGUAAAUAUUUAUGGAAUGUAGGUGGUGGUGUGUUUUUCCAUAAGAAUAUAAACACUCAAAAAGCAAUAAAAAUUGCCAAAAAGCAGCCCAGCUCGGUAGCUUCUGUACCUACGAGUGGUGUGAACUUCAUAACCCUUAAAAACCCUGCUGUACAAAUAGGUAGCUCGUGAUACAGAUGCUUUGAAAGAUAAAAUUGCAAGGUAAUUUUGUGAAUUUCUUACCUGACAGUUUGAUUUACGCAGACGUAGCAAAAGUGCAUGAUAUGAUCGGAUCUGGACAUUACAAAACUGGCAUAAGAACAUCAAGAUGUUGUCACUUUUACGAAUGCCGUAUUGAAAAAAUGAAACAGAAAGAUUUGGUUAUGCAUCUCAAUAUCAAAGAAAGGGUGUAUCCGAAUUCUGUGCAAGCAUUUGCUAGUAUUCUAGCUACAAAACUAUACUCCUGGAAUGUUGAAAUGAUAGUUAGUGCUUCCAAUUUUUUUGAGGAAAACUUUGCAAAAGUAGUAUCAUGAUUGGCACGCAUAAUGUGUACCUAUAGGUGCAUUUCAAUUAUUAUCAAAUACAAAGUCCAGUUUUUCAAUCCAAACCUUUUCAUUUCAAAGCGUUGUUAUUUUCA